AAGAUCUGUGACCAGAUCAGUGAUGCUGUCCUGGAUGCUCACCUGAAACAGGACCCAGAUGCCAAGGUUGCCUGUGGUGAGUUAGAGGGGGACACAUUUAAGUGAAACACACAGAACAAGAAAACAAAGCCAAAUGUCCCAAAAGCAUUUAAAUAUUUUAUUCCUACUGUUCUGUCUAAAGCUAGCACUUCUUUCUACUUUGUUUGAACUCAAACCCUUUGAUUUUAUCUUACGUAAUCUUCUUAAUUUCCAAGAAAUAACUCAAGAAAAUAAGCUUGUUAGAACAGUUGGGACACAACACAUAAGAAACCCACUGACCCCAAAUUGGGAUAUUGACCUAAUGACACAAGUGUACAUUCUACACUUAUCUAUGUCCACUAUGAACUCAAAACUAUUUGUUGUUGUUGUUGUUUUUUAUCCCAAGAUAGAGGUCUAAAAGUUCAAAAUACCUUACUAAUCAAUUACGCAACACCUGAGACAUACUUACAUAGAAUGUCACUGAUCUAAAGAUAAAAGUGUCAUAGGUUGUUUUUACACAGAUAUAAAGUGUUAACGGUUGUCUUCCCUCUGUGUAGAGACGGUGUGUAAGACUGGCAUGGUGCUGCUGUGUGGAGAGAUCACAUCCCGGGCCAACGUAGACUACCAGAAGGUUGUCAGAGACGCUAUCAAACACAUCGGCUACGACAACUCAGACAAA